AGGCCAGAAUCCCCUGCGUGAGGCCUACUCUAUGUCCUGCAUCGCCAACGGCAGCUCCAGCAGUCGCAAGCCCAGCCACAGAGACCGAGAUAGCUCCACAGUGUCCGUCGCCAGGAAGGAGACCUUCUCCUCAGCAGCCAAGAGGUACUGUACAACACACAAACACACACACACAUUUACACACACACACACACACACACACACACACACACACACACACACACACACACACACACACACACACACACACACUUCAAAACAGUCAUUGCUCAACUCUAGACCUGCUCAUAUCAGAUGGGCAGCCAUUUAUGCAGAGCCUGUGUUGACAUGAUGUUUUGCUCUGAAAUGCCACAUUCAUCUCAUUUGUCAACCUGUUUAAUGUUGAUCACGUGUUUAACUUUCUACCUUCCAGCUUGCAGUGUUUCAACAGAAUAAAGCCUAUACAUUUACCCUGGUUCUUUCAGGACAAUAUAUGUUAUAGGAGGAUAACACAUGUUGUGAUGGGGUACCUGUCACAGUCUGUAUGUACACCUAUGGCUAAGCAUUGCUGAGCACUUCCACAAUGAUUCACUAGACAUUAAUCAAAUAUACAGAGUCAGCUAUUCACUGCCUAUGGAGGAGGUCGGGGCUUUGCAGGUCUCGCUGUAGGUAGACGUUGCUUGUAUAGGCACAGCUAUAGGAUCAGCUUGUCCUCUUAUAUACCUUUCUGUCCCCCCUGUCUCCACUGGUUGUGUCCCCCUGUUUGGUUAACCCCCUGGUUGUCUCCACAGCGGUCAGACAGCAGAGAGGAAAAAGGACACGCCUCAGAUGGAGGGCAUCAAGGAGAAGCAGGAGGGGCCCUCCCAGCCCAACCAGGCUAACGAUAAAGCCCCCCCAGCCAGCCCCCUGCAGCCCUCGCCGUCCCCCUCCAGCUCCAGCCACCCCCUCUCCCCACACCCUCCUCAGUCCCAAAGGCAGGCCCCGGAGAGCAAGGGCACCUCCCCAGCCAAAAGGUUCCGCCGACGCACACUUUGAUCUUCGAUGCCCCCACCCCUACCAACGCAAUGCCCUGCCGACACUCUUAAUGCUCUUAACCCUAGCUUACCUUUCACUGGGGGAAGGGAUGGCUUCUUAGAUCACUCACAUUUGAACCGAUUUCGGUUAUUAACCUCCUCUAUCUCCAUCUCUCACCUGUACGUUCAGCUAUCUUUCCAUGUACAGACUCAGCCACUGCAGACCUUCGCUUCUCAAACGGCUCUCAACACUACUUACUUUUUCUUUUAGACUACUUCUAGCCCAGCCCUUUCAUUCAGAUGAGAGGAAAAUAGAAGAGAGAAGAGGAAUGGUUUGCAGAUGUCCCUUCUCCACUCAUCCACAAUAGUGUGAGCCCUCUCACUAUAUCGUUAGGAAUAGGAGAGGCCCUAUCUGUCAUGUACCAGCUGUGCUUCGUACCAGUCAGGAUACACACACACCAGCCUUUGACACACGCGACACACAAGCUCCAGCCCCAGACCGACUGCACUCACUAAUCAAAGCAUUGGUCAGCCUCACACUCAUGACUCAAAGCACAGAUCAACAUAAAUUAUUCUACGAAACAUUGAAAACCAAUUACGUUUUACAAAGAGCACCCCGGGAACCCAUCCCUGCCCAUUAGACUGGGCAAGUAUCAGGUUAUUAGUCAGGGCCGCUGACAUUACAAGCACAUUUGCUGGAAAACUCAUCUGCUAGCAAUUGUGCGUGUGUCCACCCAAUAUGAAAUCGGCCAGGCUUCUAAGCAGCGCAGUGCACAUUCGGGGCUCUUGCUGGGCAAGAGAGGCAUGAGUAUUAUAGGGUGAUUUUACCUCUUAAAUGGUCCCUUUCCAAUCCAAUCAGAGGAAUGGAUAGCAUAGGAGUCUCAAGUGGGCUUCAAUUCACACUCACUUAGCUAGAAUAAAGCCUUGAGAUUUGAGAUGCAGUGAGUGCACCAUUAAGGGCUUUUAACCAACAGACACACGUUACAUAUGUGCUGUAUAGCAAUGAUACGAUACCACUCAUCUACCGUUUAUGGACCCCUCCUUUUAGUUACCACUCCUUCCAUCUGUCACCCCUACCACUCUCUCUCUCUCUUCCCCCAUAUCUAUUGACUUUCCUGCACACAUAUCUAUUGACUCUCCUGCACACACACACCCCUUUAGAGUGAAGCAUUUCAGCUCUGCCCCCAGUUCCAUCUGUGGGAGUGUUAGCUUUCCUCUCACUCACCCCUGACUCCUCUCCUGGGGCCCCUCAGGCUGGUGCUGCGCUCUGUGCGUUUGGCCCUGUGUGUGCUCUUCUUGCCCACCCCAGGCCUCUGUGUGUGUGUGUAUGUUCGCGUGCGCAUAUGUGUUUUUGGUGGGGUUAUGGAUCACUUCUGUUUAGUCUAGAUUGUUCUUUUCCCGCCAAAUUCCAUGCAGGCAGUUAGAAUAAGCAGAGGAUGUCUAGGUGUCUCUCCCUCUCCAUGGUCCUCUGUAGCUCAGUUGGUAGAGCAUGGCGCUUGUAACGCCAGGGUAGUGGGUUCGAUUCCUGGGACCACCCGUACGUAAAAUGUAUUCACACAUGACUGUAAGUCGCUUUGGAUAAAAGCUUCUGCUAAAUGACAUGUAUUAUAUCGUAGAUAAGGACAGAGUACAGACUCUGUAAAAGUAGUAGUGUAACACAUCAUUAAACCACCCCUCCCCCAACAGUCUGCCACACUACCAUCUACCCCUCAGCAUCACCACUGCCCCCUGGAGGUUGAACAGACGCCAUGCAGAAGUGAUCCAAAACUUUACGUCUCGCAAAUAACCCUUCCUCCUCACAGCUUCGCAUGAGGAGUGUUAUUCUUCACGCUCCUCUCUCUCUAGCCAUUCUCCAAACCUUCCAUUCUCCACUGUCACCCAACCUCCUCUUCUCUAACUUUAUACUUGCAGUGUGGCUCUUAACUCUUCGGCCUUCUCUGUCUCCUGAAGCCUGGGGCUUGAGCUGUACGGCCAGCCCAUGUGUACUAACCUAUGAUUGGGGUGGGCUUUCCCCUGUGUGCCCGGCUACAGCAGCAUGCAUUGAUUCUAGUGCUGAGGGGUUGCGUAAUGCGUACUACUCACCUGGGUGCCUCUUUGAGGCACCAUAUCUCUUUGUUUGUGUGUGUGGUGUUUCAGGUCCAGAUUAACCCAACAGGAGGGUUGCCAUGAGUGAAAUAAAUGUGCAUUAAGGGUAUAGAGUUUUCAGGUUGUCAGGUUACAUGGUGGCCUGGUCAAGUUCAAACUCUGGGCCGUAAGUAUAAUGUAUACUGCAAAUAAUAAUACAGUUACACACUUCAAUGCACUUUUUCAAUUUUAACAUAUAGAAAAUGAGUAGUAGUAGCCAAUUCAAACCAGUCUCCAUUAUCACCAUGGCACUCCUCCAUACCCCUGCUUUCUUUCUGUCUAGCUAACUCUCUUUCUCUCUUCCUCUCUUGAUCCAUCUCUGUGGUAUAAAACUAACUGUUUCUCUUUAUGUGCACGCUGUGCGUUCCUCUGUGUGUGUAGGGGUCACAGUGCGAAGCGGGGCACAGGGAUGGAACGUUCUCAGAGCAGUACGUGGGAGAGUGGUGAGGAGAGCAGGAACAAGCUGGUGAAGGCUGCCUCCACCUCCAAACUGCUGGCCAAGGUGGUGAAGAACGCAGACAAGUGAGUGGCUGAUGGGACACACUUCACAAGUCUUAUACAACGUAAACAUAUGUGUGGCAGUGUAAUCCAAAUACAGUGAUACAUCAGAAUUUAAUUCCGGUUAUGUUUGUUUAUGGGGUAUAUGAGAGUACUGUACCUUUGAGACAUUACACUAUCCUAGAAUCACUAUGACAACCCCUUAAUUCCCUAUAUUGUAUUCAUCCAAAGUCCCUCCCUAAUAAUAGGAUUCAUCCAAAGUCUCUCUCUAAUAUAGGAUGCUGCUAAAUUGGCCCAACUGUCAGACUGUCAACCUUCACUUGUUUUUGUAGUCUCAAGUCACAGUCUGACCUAAUUGCUAUUUCUCCAUUCUCUUCCAGGCAUAAAGACCCAGUGAUCAGCCAAGGUGAAUACACUCCCAUAUCGUUUACUGUCUUUUCUAUGUAAACCAUCCACCACCACAUAAUGGAAAUCACUAGACCUAUGUACUGUAGUAUAGCCACAUAAUUGGCACUUUUUGGAACAAUUGGAACUUUGUACAAUAUAAUACAAUGUAACCUAAAGUAUGUUCUCAUUAGGCUUUAUGAAAAUGCUACACUGUACUAUUUCUGUCUUAGAGUGCCUCUAGGUAAGAGAAGAGGUGUAUUUCAAAGCGUCUUGUGGUUCCUUCCAACAUAUCCUUAUCCUAUUGUGUAGACCCAACUAGUCACCGUUGUCUUCUUCAGAUCAUGCUAGCUCUUCUCCCUGUGUACUGUCAUUGUGUGUGUGUGUGUUGAGUGAUGUUGUUUCUGUCUCAUGACCAGCCAAAAUGUCAACCCGUGAGAAAAACAGCCAAGCUGGUAAGUUGUCAACAGAGAGCGAGCGCUAGCAGCCUUGGAACGAGCCCUUCUCCACUCUCCGCUUUUUCGGCUGAUUUAUCUCUUCAUCUAUCUUUCUUUGCCACUCCCUUUAUCACGUCAAGCACAGACAUGAUCUUUCGUUCCCCUCUGCACCCUCGCUCUCCUAUUUCUCUCCAUCUCUCUCUGUCCUCUAUCACUAUUUCACUCCCCCAUACUUUCUCACCCUCCUCCAUGCCAUUGUCCUCAGGCGAUGCCCAGCCUAAAUAAAGGGCAUAGCUUUGCCAGGAUGCCACGCCCCACCGUGCCCCGUUGUCACUUAACAUAGUGUCGUCUGGCUAAAAGUGUCCUUGUCUUGGCUCAGGCGGGUCAUGUGAGGAAUGUGGUUGGGCCUGAGAUGGCUGGACCGGGCCCUAGCUAACUCGAUUAGCUCCACAGACAGACAGACCGACCGACACUUAGGACUAAAAUUCAGCUAAUUCAGCCUUUUCCCGGCAUUAAUUGUCACAGAUAUAAUGAGGAAAACAUCAGUUAGUAAAUAAGAAUAUUGCAGACCAUGGCUACACUUAUUAGUGUCCCCAAGGCAGUAUGUAGGCCUUCUCUUGGUACCAGUAAAUGGUAGCUAGUCCUAACUACAUAAUUCCUGUGAUGGAUUCUGACCAUCCAGUGUGGGGUCUACUGUAUGCUUCCCCUCAAUUUGUGAUAAAGGGAUGAAAGCCCUCACUAUUUUAUGAGCAAUGUUGAAAUUCUGUUCCCCUCCACCAAAUCUCCCUCUCCCCCUCGUCUUCUCACUAGGAGAGUAGAGCCCUAACCCCACAGAGCUGGGAGACUGACGAGGGAAACACACACAUUCCACUGAUCCCAGUCUACCACAAAUCUUACCUCCCCCCUCUUUUUUGCUCUCUAUUCCCCCUCCUCUUUUCUUUCUUCUACCCCUAUCACGUUUUCUUAUUUCAGCCGGGUUUGGGGUUGCUGACUCACUGCUUCGCGCCGGUGCACGGCACUCAACGCUUCUCUGUCUGUCUGUCCAUGUCUGUCUCUUCGUCUGUCUAUACAGCGUCUCAUCCCUCGAUGAGUGGAAAGCAUGUGCAGCACACUAACUGAACAGUAUAAAAUAAUAAUACAAAAAAAAUCUACUGAACUCAUAAGGCUUUUCUAAGCUUUUUGAGGUGUUUAUGUAAAAAAGUGUUCAUGUGCAAAAGUGUUCUCACACCAAGUGAUUAUGUGUGCCGGUGGGGAGGGUGCUGAGCAGUCAGACUGCAGAAAUACUUCUGUUAAUGGACUAAACUCAUGUCAUGCACUCUCUGACUCAUGACACACUCUCUGACUCAUGACAUAUUAACCUUUAUUACCUCAACAGGGUUUUCUUUGGUGAGAAAAAGACCACCCCAACCUGGGUUCAAAUACUUAUUUGAGUGUUUGCUCUAGCCUGUCUGAAUACUUCAAAAUUAUUUUUAAUCAUUUCAGAUAGUAUUUGAACCCAGGUCUGCCCCUGCUAAUAUGUAUACCUGUGCUGGAACUGUAUGUUGAAUGUGUGUGCUAAAGCAAGGGCUUAGUAUCAACAGGUUUCCUCUGUAUUUUAACAAGUCAAAAUGGCGAUCGUGAUGUAGCAAGCUAACGACUUUCUUUUGUCUGUCUCCUCAACAGAGGGAGACUACAUCAAGAUGUUCAUGCGAGGUCGACCCAUCACCAUGUUCAUCCCCGCGGACGUGGAGAACUAUGAUGACGUGCGCACAGAGCUGCCUCCAGAGAGACUCAAACUGGAGUGGGUGUAUCCUUUCGCUCUCAGCAGGGCCUGGUCCCAAACGCUCUCUCCGUAUGUCCCUGACCUCAGUCCCUCUGUUGUCUAUCUGUGGAUCAAAGCAAAAUGGUGGAUGACUUCUAGGUCUUCAUUUACACCUUUCCAGUUGUUUUCACAUUGCAGAUGAAGGAAAGGAUACUAGUAGAAUGUGCCAAUUAUACUAUUAAGAUGGACCGUUUGAGGUCUCUUGUGUUUCUCUCAAUGGGUUUCCUUCUGUGUGUUCUGUUGUGUUUCCUUGACUCCCUAUGCCAGGUAUGGCUACAGGGGGAAAGACUGCAGAGCCAACGUGUACCUGCUCCCUACAGGGGAGAGUGUUUACUUUAUUGCCUCUGUGGUAGUGCUCUUCAACUAUGAGGAGAGGACACAGCGCCACUACCUCGGCCACACAGACAGUGUCAAAUGGUGAGCUGGUAUCCUGUUCUACAUGAUGUUAUUUCCUUUUUUUUUUCUCACACAAAAUGGUGAGUUGGUGGGAACUGGGAGUUUUGGGCUGGCUUGGUUGUGUUGUAUGGCAAUGAAUUCAUACAGUAGCCUACACACUAUCAUGGGCUGUGUAUUCUGGAGACAGUAGAUAAAAUAUACAGAUACAGAAGGUAAAAUAAUAUGUCCCCCAGGGUCUGAAUACUGUAUAAACACUUCACACAAAACUUUUAAUGCGGAUUAAGCAAAUGCUUGUCACAGACACAAUGGUUCCUACACUAACCACUGUGUAGCUGACACGUCCAGUUCAACUGUCUCCGGGUUCCAUCCUCUCAGGAGCCUCUUAAAAUAAACAGACUAUGCAAAUGAGAUGUAAAUGUCUGUCCGGGUGGUAGAGAAGUGGGAGAGUCAAAUGAGUCUGUGUGAUAGCGGAGCGCUGACAGACCUGUUUUUGUUUGAAACUAUAUGCCUCACUUCCUCCCAUCAGGCUGUGGGCCAGACAUGCACACAGGCCUGCUCAGUCAAACAGCUACCUCUCAUCUAACUUCAUUUUACACUUGACCUUAUCACUACUGAUUGUUGCUGACUGUAGGUGUUUUCAAUAGGGAGGUAGUUUCCCACACACAACAAUUUUUUAAUUGGUUUUUGAUCUCAUUCUCUCUCUGUCUAUUUCUGUCUCUCUUUCUGUGUCUCUCUCAGCCUUGCUGUUCACCCUGAUAAGAUCCGCAUUGCCACGGGACAGAUUGCAGGAGUGGAUAAGGACGGGCGGGUGAGUCACUCUCCCACCUCCUCACCCAUACCUCACCCCCUCACUUUCACCCCUUCACUUUCUGCUAGCUAAAUCCUUUAAUAAUAUGAUCGGCAGUGUGACAUUUCAUGUUUGUGCAACCUGUUUUCUACACCAUCAUACAUCCACACAGGCGCACACACACCUGGGCAAGUCACAGGGCUUCAAAUGUCAGCUAUGUAACACCAAGGGGUUUUCCACCCAAAAACUAUAUUUUGUUAUUUGUAAGACUACUUAAAGGAAAACUCUACCCAAAAACGAUCUUUUGGUAUUUGUUUCAUUAGUCCAUUGUUGACAUAGUCCCAAAAUGUUUUGGUUGUCAGCAAUUAAGUUAAGAUAUGUAACUUUCAAAAUACAAAAAUACAGAAAUCAUCAUAUGAUCUAAAACGCAGCAUCAUAUGAUGCAAAAUGCAUCAUACGGGGAUGAUUUCUGUAUUUUGAAAGUUACAUAUAUUGAUUGCAGACAACCAAAGCAUUUUGGGACUAUGUCAACAAUGGUCUAAUGAAACAAAUACCAAAAGAUCGUUUUUGGGUAGAGUUUUCCUUUAAGUAGUCUUAUACCAGCCUGCCGAAUACAGAACGACAUGUCUAUCUGUGGUUAUGUUUAAAAGCAUAAUCCUUGUUUGCACAAUGUCUUUUCUUGUGUACAGUAUGAGUAUUUCUGCUUGCGUUGCACAAUCAGGCUCACUCAUGUCUUUGACAGGCAGACCCAGACACAGGUGCUCCAUAUUUACUCAAGAAUAGCAAUAAUCCAUACUCUAAUGCAACUCAUUAUAUUUAAGCUCUCUGGGUGUAAACAUGCCAAACUGGCUCUAACCUUCCUCAAAUGAUUCCGUAGAAGAGGAUACUGCCUGUCAGUCAGCCAGAUCCUGCAUAACUCACUGACUAUACCUGUUGAAUGCUUUCUCAAAUCUUUAAAAUGGCUUCCUUUCCUCACCUCCUUCAACUUUUCCUUAAUUACCACUGAUCUUAGAGGAUAUGAUAGGUAAAAAGCAAUUCAAAUCAAAUCAUAAUGUAUUUGCCACAUGUGCCGAAUACAACAGCUGUAGACCUUACAGUGAAAUGCUUACUUACAAGCCCUUAACCAACAAUGCAGUUUUUAAGAAAAUAAAAAAAGUGUUAAGUAAAAAAUAGAUAAGUAAAAAAUAUAAAUAGCAAAUAAUUAAAGAGCAGCAGUAAAAUAAAAUAACAGUAGGGAGGCUAUGUACAGGGGGUACCGGUACAGAGUCAAUGUGCGGGGGCACCGGUUAGUCCAGGUAAUUGAGGUAAUAUGUACAUGUGGGUAGAGUUAAAGUGACUAUGCAUAGAUAAUAAACAGAGUAGCAGCAGCGUAAAAGAGGGGGUGGGGGGGGCAAUGUAAAUAGUCCAGGUAGCCAUGAUUAGCUGUUCAGGAGUCUUAUGGCUUGGGGGUAGAAGCUGUUAUGGGGGUAGAAGCUGUUAAGAACCUUUUGGACCUAGACUUGUCGCUCCGGUACCGCUUGCCGAACAGAGAGAACAGUCUAUAUCUAGGGAGUCUGGAGUCUUUGACAAUUUUUAGGGCCUUCCUCUGACGCCGCCUGGUAUAAAUGUCCUGGAUGGCAGGAAGCUUGGCCCCAGUGAUGUACUGGGCCGUACGCUCUACUCUCUGAAGUGCCUUGCGGUUGGAGGCCAAGCAGUUGCCAUACCAGGCGGUAAUGCAACCAGUCAGGAUGCUCUCGAUGGUGCAGCUGUAGAACUUUUUGAGGAUCUGAGGACCCAUGCCAAAUGUUUUCAGUCUCCUGAGGGGGAAUAGGCUUUGUCGUGCCCUCUUCACGACUGUCUUGGUGUGUUUGGACCAUGAUAGUUUGUUGGUGAUGUGGACACCAAGGAACUUGAAGCUCUCAACCUGUUCCACUACAGCCCCGUCGAUGAGAAUGGGGGCGUGCUCAGUCACAAUCAUCUCCUUUGUCUUGAUCACGUCGAAGGAGAGGUUGUUAUCCUGGCACCACACGGCCAGGUCUCUGAUCUCCUCCCUAUAGGCUGUCUCAUCUUUGUCAGUGAUCAGGUCUACCACUGUUGUGUCGUCGGCAAACUUAAUGAUGGUAUUGGAGUCGUGCCUGACCAUGCAGUCAUUAGUGAACAGGGAGUACAGGAGGGGACUGAGCACGCACCCCUGAGGGGGCCCCCGUGUUGAGGAUCAGCGUGGCAGAUGUGUUGUUACCUACCCUUGCCACCUGGGGACGGCCCAUCAGGAAGUCCAGGAUCCAGUUGCAGAGGGAGGUGUUUAGUCCCAGGGUCCUUAGCUUAUUGAUGAGCUUUGAGGGCACUAUGGUGUUGAAUGCUGAGCUGUAGUCAAUGAAUAGCAUUCUCACGUAGGUGUUCCUCUUGUCCAGGUGGGAAAGGGAAGUGUGGAGUGCAAUAGAGAUUGCAUCAUCUAUUGGAAGAAUCCCAGAACAUAUUCCAGUCUGCGCUAGCAAAACAGUCCUGUAGCUUAGCAUCUGCGUCAUCUGACCACUUCCUUAUUAACCGAGUCAUUGGUGCUUCCUGCUUUAGUUUUUGAUUAUAAGCAGGAAUCAGGAGGAUAGAGUUAUGGUCAGAUUUGCCAAAUGGAGGGCGAGGGAGAGCUUUGUACGCGUCUCUGUGUGUGGAGUAAAGGUGGUCUAGAGUUUUUUUUCCUCUGGUUGCACAUUUAACAUGCUGGUAGAAGUUAGGUAGAACGGAUUUAAGUUUGCCUGCAUUAAAGGCCACUAGGAGCGCUGCCUCUGGAUGAGCAUUUCCUGUUUACUUAUGGCCUUAUACAGCUCAUUGAGUGCAAUCUUAAUGCCAGCAUUGGUUUGUGGUGGUAAAUAGACAGCUACGAAAAAUAUAGAUGAAAACUCUCUUGGUAAAUAGUGUGGUCUACAGCUUAUCAUGAGAUACUCUACCUCAGGCGAGCAAAACCUCAAGACUUCCUUAGUGUUAGAAUUUAAGCAUCAGCUGUUUUUACAAAUAUACACAGACCGCCACUCUUGUCUUACCGGAGUCCGCCAUUCUAUCCUGCCGAUGUAGCAUAUAUCCCGCCAGCUGUAUGUUAUCCAUGUCGUCGUUCAGCCACGACUCAGUGAAACAUUCGAUAUUACAGUUUUUAAUGUGCCGUUGGUAGGAUAUCCUUAAUCUUAGGUCGUCCCAAUUUAUUUUCAAAUGAUUGAACAUUGGCUAAUAGGGUUGAUGGAAGAGGCAGUUUACUCGCUCGCCAUUGGAUCCUUACAAGGCACCCCGACCUACGUCCACGAUAUCUCUGUCUCUUUCUCAUGCGAAUGACAGGGAUUUGGGCCUUGUCUGUAGAAUAUCCUUCGCGUCCGACUUGUUAAAGGAAAAAUCUUCGUUCAAUACGAGGUGAGUAAUCGCUGUCCUGAUAUCCAGAAGCUCUUUUUGGUCAUAAGAGACGGUGGCAGAAACAUUAUGUACAGAAUAAAUUACAAAUAACGCGAAAAAACACACAUAAUAGUACAAUUGGUUAGAAGGCUGUAGAACGGCAGCCAUCUUCUCCGGCGCCAUAACCGCCAGAGUGGGAAUCAAUCCAAUUGGGUGGGAAUCAAUCCAGUUAUUUUAUCUACCAGUGCUUGUGAGGAUAGGGCGACAAGGAAAGGAAGUUUUAAAGGAUUAUCAAGACCCAACCGAGACACAGAUACACAUGUUUCUGAUUAGUGAAUACAGUGAAAGCUGAGAGCUGGUCAAAUGAUGCGUUUUCCUCUCCUCAUCUGCCACUGAUUGUGAAGGGAAGGAAUCAAGGAAAGAUGCUGUCAAAAACAAUAUACUGUAAAUGCAGCCAUAGUGUCUGAGUUUGGCUAAACCGAGAGCUAGUUCAAUGAUGUGUGUGUUCUCUUCUUCUCCCCCUGCAGCCACUGCAGCCCCAUGUGAGGGUGUGGGAUUCGGUCAGCCUGUCCACCCUGCAGGUCAUCGGCCUGGGCACCUUCGAGAGAGGGGUGGGCUCCCUGGCCUUCUCCAAAGCGGUGGGUACCCCUAGCACCACUCCUAACACCUCUAAUGAUAUAAUCCAGGAUGUGUAGUAAUUCAUGUGAGACCCCACCCUGGGAAUUGUACAGAUCCUACAUAUCAUAGUUCACGUAAUCACAUCACAGCCAGUGGUUAGUGGGUCUAGAUAAGAUGUUCUAGACUCAGGUCUGGGGUUGUAGGUGCUGUGUGUUUCUGCACCGAGCCCUUUUGUGAUCAGGCUAGUGGGUCAGAGUGGUGUCAUUGUGGUGUUGAGUACCUCAUAGGCUCUCUAAUCAGUAGUUUACUGUUACUAUUCUCUCUGUCCUCAGUUAGCACAUUCCAGAAGUCUGCUUUUACUGCCUGGCUCCCUUCACACGCGAACACGCACACACUCACACGCAUACACUAUGACCCAUUUCCAUACAAACGGACACACAAACACGCAUUUUAGGUUAAGUGAAACAUUAUCCUCUUAUGUUAUCAGAGCUGAGCAGUGGAUUUGCUUUAUUAAAGAAUAGUAAAUCUUGAAUGAAGGGUAUUAUCAUUGUAUGUCGUUGCUGAUACCAUUAUGCCAAAUCGACUUAAUUGCUAACCGCUUAGAAGUUUAUUGGUCAUUCCUACUAGCUUUAUGGCAAUUUAUGCCACAGGUUGAUUCAUGUUUAGACUCUUCCAUGCCCUCUCAUCAACAUGCAGUAUAUAGUAGUUAAUAUGCACUAUCAAAGAAUAGCAGGCAUAAACUGGAAUUAUAUUAUUAUGUUAUGCCAGAUUUACUGAAUUGCAGACAAUAGGAUCUAUGUUUCAUACAAGGUUUACUGACAUGAAGACACCCUGUUUCCUCCUGGGUUUCUCCUACAGGACUCAGGUACACACCUGGCGGUGAUUGAUGAUUGUAACGACCACAUGUUGACUGUCUGGGAUUGGCAGAAGAAAUCCAAGAUCGCUGAAAUCAAGGUCAGAGAUACAUGGGGUGUUUUAUACUGUGUAAUUCUGCCUAAAAUACAUAAAUAAUUGCAUUUGAUGAUUGGGUUAUAAAAUGAAUCUUCUUUUUAACUGUAUAUGAUCUCUGUUUCACCUUCACCAGUCUACAAAUGAGGUGGUGCUUGUGGUGGAGUUCCACCCUACUGAUGCCAACACCAUAGUAACCUGUGGCAAGUCCCACAUCUUCUUCUGGACCUGGGCUGGCACCUCGCUGGCACGCAAGCAGGGCAUCUUCGGGGUGAGGACACACACACCUUAAUACUAAACACAAACACAACACAAUUAUUACGAAAUAGCUCAUUCAAAUUAUCUUCCUGCUCAGAAAUACGAGAAACCCAAGUUUGUUCAGUGUCUGGCCUUCCUCAACAACGGGGACAUCCUGACUGGAGACUCUGGAGGCAUCAUGUUGAUAUGGAGCAGGAGCACAGUGGAGCCGACCCCAGGGAAGGGACCCAAAGGUACACUAUACACUUUAUAUACCGUUCUAGCUUACACUACCUUAAAGGCCCAGUGCAGUCAAAAAUGUGAUUUACCUGUGUUUUAUAUAUAUUUCCACACUAUGAGGUUGGAAUAAUACUGUGAAAUUGUGAAAAUUAUGAUAAUGCCCUUUUAGUGUAAGAGCUGUUUGAAAAGGCCGCCUGAAAAUUCAGACUGUUUUGGUGGGAUGGAGUGUUGGCCUGCCUGGUGACAUCACCCAGGUGGUAAAUUAGUUAAUAGACCAAUAAGAAAGAUGAUUCCAAUCCUCUCUGUCAGUAACAGCUAGUUUUCAGACCACUCCUAGACAGACCUAGCUUAAUUCUUGCUUGAGAAAUUGCUCUUUGCUAAGAAGCUAUUUAUGUUUAUUUUUGAUCAUUUUAAUAAAUAAAAUCACAGUAAGGUACUUAAUUGUUACCCAUAAAUGAUUUGAUAUUGAGAUACAAAUGGCUGCAUUGGACCUUUAAACUCACAAACAGGCCCCUAGACCUAGUGGAGCCAGACCCAGGAAAAGGACCCAAAGAUACACUACCUUAUAAUACCUUACACCAUACACUGUACUUUAUACCUCACAUAGUCCCUACACCCGCCCGUAUAGUGCUACUGAUGGCACUUUUGGUUGGAGCAUGGUGUUGCAACACCAGGAUUGUAGGUUUGAGUCCCUCAUGAGCCACGUAUAGCCUACUGAAUAUUUGUGUUGAACUUAGUCACUUUGGUAAAACCAUCUGCCAAAACCGUCUGACCAUAUCAGACAUACCCAAAUGAGUAAUACAAAACAAUUACCUUCCCAGUGAGUCUCAAAGACACAGAGGAGAGCAACUGAAAGAGGUGAUUCGAGACCGGAAGAAAAGAAAACAGCCUUGAAGGAGACACAGAAAGACACAGAAAGAGAAAGACGGGGAAGAAAAGUGGGGGAGAGAAGAAGAAGAGUGGGUGUGAUUGUUGGCAGGCCAGAGUGCCUGGGGGAGGGAGGGUGUUGGGGUUUUGAGCAGUAAUGGUUUUGGUUGGCAUGCUACAGAACUGGAAGAGCAGAACUAGGGCCAGAUGCCAGGGAUAAACUGUUAAUCUCUUUAUUUACCUGCUCUGGUCUAGUUGCUCUGUUGAAGCUGGGGCUGUGCCACAGUGACGCUUGGUGGUUAGAUGGUUGGAGUGCGUGUGUGUUAGUGAGUGUGUGUGUGUGUGUGUGUUCGUGUGUGUGUGCACAUGCUUGAGCAUGCGUGUGUGAAUGCUUAUGUGUGUGUGUGUGUGUGAAGUGUGUGUUUCCACAUCUGUCUGAGCUCUGCAGGGAUGAAGGUCAUGCCAAUGUGGGAGAGCAGAAGCGAUACAGAGACAGAAACAAUAUCUGAUGCACAUUAAUUCUACACAUACCCUCCCUCUGCCACUCAAUAUUACCUCCAUUGACAAUUCCACUGCCUCAGGUUAAGUCUGACUAGCCUUGAGGAAUGGCCCUCCCCUGCUGUGCAUCUGUCUGUAUUAUCAGCAUAGAAUUUAGUAUUAUUACAGGAGGAGUGAUAAUCUGCAGGUACACUACAUGACCAAAAGUAUGUGGACACCUGCUCGUCGAACAUCUCAUUAAUAUGGAGCUGGUCCCCCCUUUGCAGCUAUAACAACCUCUACUCUUCUGGGAAGGCUUUCCACUAGAUAUUGGAACAUUGCCAAUGUUUGUCUAUGGAGAUUGCAUGGCUGUGUGCUUGAUUUUAUACAACUGUCAGCAACUGGUGUGGCAGAAAUAGCCGAAUCCACUCAUUCGAAGGGAUGUCCACAUACUUUUGUAUAUAUAGUGUAUGUGGAGAAUGCAGACACAUCAGCCCUAGACACACACACACACACAGACAUGAAUGCACAUACUCAUUCAAACACAGCCUUCCAUAGCCAUCUUCUUAAUCACACACACCCACUCUCGCACGCUAGCCGGUGCCGGUCAUGGAAUUUUGGAUGGUGGUUAUUGGCCAGCCAAAUUACCACGGUUACCGUUAUUAUGGUUGGUCACCGUACUUUAAAAAAGCUGACUGCAUGUACAGUGCUGCUGCAGGGAGGGGGGUGUUGCCUAGGCAACCAAAGACUAAUUUGCUACAACACCUUGCUUGUUUCAGCUAGGAGCAACAACGUUUUAUCAUGUUGUAAAUAGUCAAUUUUACUGCGGAAACGGACUCAACCGCAUGAAUGCCCGGCCGUCCCAGCUUCAGUCAGCUGUUCGUUCCACAAUUUUUUUAAACAUUUAACGGUUAUGACGGUUAUUUUAGUUUAAUGACGGUCUUCAUCCAUAAUCGCCAGUUACACGAUUAUACUGUAAUUGUGCCAGCCCUAACACACACACACACACACACACACUCUCUCUCACUUCCACCUCAAACGCUUCCCUGAGAGAACAACAAGAGCUGACCUCUACCGUGGCACAUAAACCACAUUAGCAAAUGUUAAGUAUUUGUUCUAUCCUAUUCCCAGAAAUCUCCGCUGUGAGCUGUUUUACGGCCUCACUCGCUCACCCUUUCUUAUUCCUCUCUCCCUCUUCUUUCCUUCUGGGCAAUUUUCCUUCUCAUUCUCUCUCUCUCUCCUCCCCUUCCCUCUGUUCUUUCCCCCCAUAGGUGCGUACCAGAUCAGUCGUCAGAUCAAGGCCCAUGACGGCAGUGUGUUCACUCUGUGUCAGAUGAGGAACGGGACCCUGCUGACCGGAGGGGGCAAGGACCACAAGAUCAUUCUGUGGGACCAUGACCUCAACCCAGAGAGGGAUAUAGAGGUGCAAUGGCCAUACAGACACAUAUACAACAAUACACCAUGGAUUAUGCAAAAACAUAUACACUUACUUAGAUACAGUAUAUCAUAUAUGGCAAAUAACACAUGUUCAAUAUGAUGAUAAACCUAUCAUUCGAUGUUGAUCAGAUUGCAACUGUUUGGGAAGAUUUGUUAUACAUCUCAAUGUAUCUGUUCCACUGCAGGUCCCUGAUCAAUAUGGAACCAUUCGCGCUGUGGCCGAGGGCAAGGGGGAGCAGUUUUUGGUGGGCACUUCACGUAACUUCAUCCUGAGGGGGACGUUUAAUGAUGGUUUCCAGGUGGAAGUGCAGGUGAGAAGUUUCACUCUUUGUCUCUCUCUUGCUCGCUCUUGCUCUCUCUCUCUCUCUCUCUCUCUCUCUCUCUCUCUCUCUCUCUCUCUCUCGUUUUUUCUCUCUCUCUCUGUCUCUCUAUCUCUCACUGCUGACUAGCUGACCACCACCACUAAAUAUUCCUGGUGUGGCGCAUCUGAAACAUCCAGGGGGGUUGUUCCUCCGGCAUGUGAAAGGGGCAGACUAAAUAGGCAUCUUAGGACUGCAGGGGCCUGCUAUACCAGCUCUGUUUUAGGGAUGCCAGUGUCAGCCCCCUCACUAGCUGCUUUCCCAAUCGUUUCCUCUCUGUGAGGGAGAGCAGAGCGGGCGAGACGCUGCUAUUUUCCAGAGAGCUGUGUUGUAUGACUGCAGUAAUUUUCCCAGUGAUUUGAACGCUUUAUAAACAGCCGGGCGGAGGUAUUUAUCCCCUCUUUUGAGGGUGCCCAACUGAUCCCACCCCCCUCUUAUGUCCCUCUUUGAGGCACACUACCCCCGUGUGAAGGAGGUCAUCAGAGCUUGUGGGGGUGUUUCCAAUGGCUCAGUUGGUUGGAGCAUGAUAUUUGCAUUGCAAACACCAGAGUUCUGGGUUUUGAUUCUCACAUUAAAUGGAUAACAUACAGAAUAUGUGUUAACUACUCAGUAAGUUGUGUUAAGUACUUAGUCACUUUGGUCAAAAUGAAAACAUAUCCCCAUCUGCAUCAUUUUCUAACCUCGGACCUUUCGCCCCAGGGUCACAUAGACGAGCUAUGGGGGCUGGCGUCGCACCCCUUCAAGGACCUGUUCCUAACCUGUGCUCAGGACAGGCAGGUGUGCCUGUGGAACUCUGUGGACCACUCCCUUGAAUGGACCAGGCUCCUGGAUGUAAGAACUAAUACCUCCCUUUCUGAACUAUUCUAUACAGCAGAUUAAGAAUACACGCUCAUUCACUACCCUUUUGAUUUUAUUCACAGACAUAAUUGAAAUGUUGAUCCAAGUUUUCCAUUGAGAUCAAUGCAUGCAAACAAAUCUCAAGAUAGGAAUCAGGCCUUACAUUUCAAACAUACAUUUAUUUUGUGUAUCUCUCUCUCUCUCCCUUGCUCUUUCUUUCUCUCAGGAGCAUGGCCACUGUGCAGACUUUCACCCCAGUGGUGCUGUUGUGGCCAUCGGUACUCACUCAGGAAAGUAAGUUCAGCUUAACCCUAUCUCUAACUCUGAAGCACAUUAGUGUCUAUCUGUCCCAUCUCUCAUAGAUUCCUCCUGUAUUCUUAUGAAUCCUCUUGUGUUGUUCUCUCCACUCCCUUGUGUCCCAGGUGGUACGCUCUGGAUGCAGAGACCAGAGACCUGGUGGCCAUUCACACAGACGGCAACGAGCAGCUGUCAGUCAUGCGCUUCUCUGUAGGUGGGUGGAGCUGAUCUUACACCCUAUCCAAACUGUAUAAUUGGAUUUAAUGGAAGAAUUGUUAAUCCAAUAAACGCUUAGGGAGGAUAAUAUAAUGUACCACAAUCCUGUUCACUCCCUCCUCAGAUGGCACCCUGCUGGCAGUGGGAUCACAUGACAACUUCAUUUACCUCCACACUGUGUCGGAGAAAGGCCGGAAGUACACCAGAUGCGGGAAGUGCAUUGUGAGUACAGCACCAUUUGUGUGUGUGUGUCUCUGUCUCUGUGGAUGUGUGUCUGUGUGUGUAUGCCUAUGUGCAUGUGUGAAGAUAAUUUUCUCAAAGAGGCAGUGUCUUUGUCUACUGAAUGUAUAUUUGACCUCCUAAGUGAGCCUGUGAGGAGAGGAAAGGGAGUAGUUCAGUACCCAGCAUGGGAGAGGCCUUUAGCUUAGAAAUAUAGCCAUAGUAAAGGCAUUUCAUCAAAGUGAGUUAUGCAGACUGCUGUGGUGUGUUGAAUGGUGUGUGUGUGUGUGUGUGUGUGUGUGUGUGUGAAUGUCUGUUGAGAUAUUAGUGUAUGUGGGGCCCUGGGGAGUGCUGUCUCCCUGCAGCUGGAGAGAUGGAUAUGAUCAGUGCUUUCACAGUGUAUUAAUCACAGGGAAAAGCAACAGGAGAGAAACCGAGAGGGAGAGACGGUAUGAAUUAUUAAUACAUUUUGUAUUGUAUUACCAUUGGGUUGUUCCUUUUAUGCCAAUGAAGCUUAUUUGAAUUGACUUGAAUUGAUUUUAAAUUAGAGAGAGAAAGAGCAAGACAAACACAGAGAGAAAGAUGUGACCCCUUUAGGAUAGAGGUAAAUGUAUACGUAGUGUGAACAGUAGGUCAACUCUACAGUGGAAUGGACCCCACAGGGGUCUCUUUUCAUCCAUCUCACUCGAACGAAGAGGGGAGCGGCGAGGAGGAGGAGAGGGAGGAGAGGGGAGAGGUAGAGGAAGGCGGAGGAGAGGAGAGAGAGGAGAGGAGGGAGAGGAGAGGGAGGAGAGGAGUCUUAUCUCUCUUCUCUCUACUUCUCUUCUCUUCUUUCUCUUCUGUUCUCUUCUCUUCUCUUCGCCUUCUCUUCUCUUCUCUUUCUCUUCUCUUCUCUUCUCUUCUCUUCUCUUCUCUUCUCUUCUCUUCUCUCUCUUUCUCUCUAUCAUUUCCCCCCUCCAUGCCUGUGGAGUUCUGGUCAUCUGUGUGUUGGAUGCCAAUGGCUAGGACCACGGUGCUCAGGUUGUGGUCACGGUCAUUGCUUCUGGUGCUUGACCACUAUGGUCUUGGUGUGGGUUCCAUACUGUGGGAUGAAAGGUUACCAGUGUUAACCCCCAGGCAAUUUACCGUACAUGGCCUCGCAGCCACAGCAGUGCAUGCGGUAUAGUGCUUUGUGUUGGGUAGUUUAAUAACAGAUCAGAGAUCAGAAUUCACAUUUUAGAUUGCUGAAAAACAAGCAUUAGAGAGUAUUAAAGCCAGAUUCUCAUUAGGUAAGGUUAAAAGGCUCAGGGCUCCAGAGGGAAUAAAGACAUUGUGGGAAGGUUGGUUUGAGGUUUUAUUGGCGUUGGCAAAGGACUGGGCCCCUGUCUGUAAGCACAGCUCCACAGCAAAGCAGCGAGACACACACUGAUAUACAGUGUAAGUAUAUAGCUAUGUUAUUUAUAGGGAUUUUUAGGGACACAUGCAAAUAUGUAUAUGUGUCCUCUUGUUCAUAUAAGGAAGUACCUAGGAUUGUGCGUAUAAUUAGGGAAAUGCAUAAAGACAGAAAUACAUCUACUUUGUGUGCGUGUUUCGUUCAGUAUGGGAUUCAGAUUUGUAUGUGUGAGAAAGUGAGCUCAGCAGCUGUGGAGUGACUAGCCUUAACUUGGCAGGAUGUCAGAGACGUGUGUGUGUGUGUGUGUAUAUGAUUCCAUGUUGUGUAUAUGAUAUGAUUGCGUGUGUGUAUGGGUCUGUGUGUUGGAUGGAAGCCUGCAGACCUGAAGGAAAUCAAACAAAGUGCCAAGAUAGGCAAACAGAUUCCCUCCCUGACUGAGUGUGGGGGAGGUCAGACACACACACGCACACAGUGUCUCCUCCUAUAGGCUGAGAUGGAAGACUGGAGCUCGCUCCCAGGAUAGUGGACUUAACAGCUGCGUGGGCUAGUUUUUAUAAAGGCAAAAAUCUCCUAUGAAAUUAUUAGCAAAACUAAGCUAGCUGUACUGUACAUGUCUCUCGCUCCAUUAAAGUACCAUUAACUGUUUCAUCUCUCCUCCUAAAUCACAUACCCAGCCUUCUCACUCUAUGUGGUUAACAGGGACAUUCCAGCUACAUCACACAUCUUGACUGGUCCCCCGACAACAAGUUCAUCAUGUCCAACUCAGGAGACUACGAGAUCCUCUACUGUACGUAAACACACCUUCAAAUGAGUGUAAUGCCUUAGUAAGAUUGCAGCAACAGCUAAAUAACUGAUCCAUGAAGGGAUGUUUAGCAAUCAGACUAUUUUUUCAUUUACUUUCUAAAAAUUAUAAUUGGGCUACUCCAACGUAUAGCUCAUGAAAGUCAUACCUUUUUGCGUAACACUGCUGUUGUGAAAUAUUCCCUUCACCUAUGCCCUGGUUCUAUCCUCUUUGCAGGGGACAUUCCAAACGGCUGCAAGUACAUCCGUAACCGCUCCGAGUGUAAGGACAUCGACUGGGCCACCUACACCUGUGUGCUGGGCUACCAUGUCUUCGGUCAGUACCUACUUAGGCAAUAGGGAUGUGGUGGGAAUACUUUGGCACUGUUCUUGGCUGUGCUAUGCUGGAUCUGUGUGUGUGUGUGUGUGUGUGUGUGUGUUUUAUUUUCACUGCUGUGGGUGUAUAAGCCUCUGUGGGUGUGAGACCUACUACUGAACAGAAAGUGUGGUUUGGGACUCACUAGCACUCUGACAGACUUUCUACCGUUCCCUCUUUCUUUCUUAUCCCUCCCUCAUGUCACGGUUGAGUGUAGAUGUGGUGUGGAAUCAAGCGCAGGACACACAGAGGCUUCGUACUGACGUCUUUAGUGAAGACAAAAAGAACAAGCCAAAACACGGCUACAUACAACCUGGCAGGCAAGCGAACUUUACGCACACCGGUAUAGUACAAACAAAAGGCACACAAUGUGCGGAACUCUCUUCAAAAACAAUACAGAGAGAUAAACGAACUAGCAUCCCACAAUGACAACGAACAAUUACACACAACACAUGACAAAACCCAAGAGAACUUAUAGGACGCAUAAUUAACACUAACAAGGAACAGGUGUAACAAAACAGACAAAACCAAACACACAUCGAAACAUAGAACGGUGGCAGCUAGUACUCCGGAGACGACGACCGCCGAAGCCUGCCCGAACAAGGAGAAGGAGCAGCCUCGGCCGAAACCGUGACAGUACCCCCCCCCCCCCUUUACGCGCGGCUCCAGCCGUGCGCCGACCCCAGCCUCGAGGACGACCAGGAAGACGCGGAGCAGGGCGCGUGGGAUGACCACGAUGGAACUCGGUCAGAAGAGACGGGUCUAGGAUGUCCCUCCUCGGCACCCAGCACCGCUCCUCCGGGCCGUACCCCUCCCACUCCACGAGAUAUUGGAGACCCCCCAUCCGGCGUCUCGAAUCCAGGAUGGACCGAACAGUGUACGCCGGAGCCCCCUCGAUGUCCAGCGGGGGCGGAGGAGUCUCUUCUAUCUCAUAGUCCUGGAGUGGACCAGCUACCACCGGCCUGAGGAGAGACACAUGGAACGAGGGGUUAAUAUUCUUGUAAUCAAUUGGCAGUUGUAACCUGUAACACACCUCAUUCAAUCUCCUCAGGACUUUAAAAGGCCCCACAAACCGCCGACCCAGCUUCCGGCAGGGCAGGCGGAGGGGCAGGUUUCUGGUCGAGAGCCAGACUCGAUCUCCAGGUGCGUACACCGGCCCCUCACUGCGGUGGAGAUCGGCGCUCGUCUUAUGUCGACGGAUGGCCCGCUGCAGAUGGACGUGUGCAGCGUUCCACGUCUCCUCCGAGCGCCGCACCCACUCAUCCACCGCAGGGGCCUCGAUCUGGCUCUGAUGCCAAGGUGCCAGAGCCGGCUGGUACCCUAACACACACUGGAAAGGAGUUAGUUUAGUGGAGGAGUGGCGGAGAGAGUUCUGUGCCAUCUCGGCCCAGGGAACAUACCUCGCCCACUCCUCCGGCCGGCCCUGGCAAUACGACCUCAGAAACCUACCCACAUCCUGGUUUACACAUUCGACCUGCCCAUUGCUCUCCGGGUGGUAACCCGAGGUAAGGCUCACCGAAACCCCCAAACGCUCCAUGAACGAUCUCCAGACUCUGGAGGUAAACUGGGGGCCUCGAUCAGACACUAUAUCCUCGGGUACCCCGUAAUGCCGGAUGACGUGAGUGAAUAGAGCCUCAGCGGUCUGUAGGGCAGUAGGAAGACCCGGCAUGGGAAGGAGACGACAGGCCUUCGAGAACCGAUCCACAACGACCAGGAUGGUGGUAUUCCCCUGUGAGGGGGGAAGGUCUGUAACAAAAUCCACCGAGAGGUGAGACCAGGGUCGUUGUGGAACGGGCAGGGGUUGUAACUUACCCUUGGGCAAGUGUCUGGGCGCCUUACACUGGGCACACACCGAGCAGGAGGAGACAUAAACCCUCACAUCCCACCAGUACUUUGUGCUAAGGCAGUGCACUGUCCGUCCAAUACCUGGAUGCCCAGAGGAGGGUGACGUGUGAGCCCAAUAAAUGAGUCGAUCCCGAACCUCGAGCGGAACGUACGUCCGACCCACCGGACACUGUGGAGGGCUAGGGUCGGUGCGUAACGCCCCGCUCGAUCUCCGUAUCGACCUCCCACACCACCGGUGCCACCAGACAAGACAUAGGUAGUAUGGGAGUGGGCUCAACGGACCUCCCCUCUGUGUCAUACCGCCGAGACAGGGCGUCUGCCUUUCCGUUCUGGGACCCAGGGAUGUAAGUGAUCUUAAACACGAACUGGGCUAGAAACAUAGUCCACCGAGCCUGGCGAGGAUUUAGUCUCCUAGCUGCCCGAAUGUAUUCCAGGUUACGGUGGUCAGUCAAAAUGAGAAAAGGGUGUUGAGCCCCCUCAAGCCAAUGCCUCCACACCUUUAGGGCCUGUACCACGGCUAACAGCUCCCUGUCCCCUACGUCAUAAUUUCGCUCCGCCGGACUGAGCUUUUUCGAGUAAAAAGCAUAGGGGCGGAGUUUAGGUGGUGUGCCGGACCGUUGCGAGAGAACGGCCCCGAUACUGGCUUCUGACGCGUCCACCUCCACUUGGAAUGGUAAAGCGGGAUCCGGAUGCGCCAGCACCGGAGCCGAAGUAAACAGGUCCUUCAGUCUCCCAAAAGCCCUGUUCGCCUCAGCUGACCACCGCAAGCGCACCGGACCCCCCUUCAGAAGGGACGUUAUGGGAGCUGCCACCUGUCCAAAGCCCAGGAUAAACCUCCGGUAGUAAUUCGCAAAGCCCAAGAACUGCUGCACCUCUUUAACCGUGGUUGGGGUUUGCCAAUUACACACGGUCAACCUCCAUCUUCACCCCUGACACGGACAACUGAUAACCCAAAAAGGAGACCGACUCCUGGAAGAACAGACAUUUCUCUGCCUUGACAUACAGGUCAUGCUCCAACAGCCUCCUCAACACUCGGCGCACCAGGGCUACAUGCUCGGCUCGGGUAGAACUGUACACCAGAAUAUCGUCUAUGUACACGACCACUCCCUGCCCCUGCAUGUCCCGGAAAAUCUCAUCCACAAAGGAUUGGAAGACUGAUGGAGCAUUCAUUAACCCGUAUGGCAUGAUGAGAUACUCGUAAUGACCCGAGGUAGUACUAAAUGCUGUCUUCCAUUCAUCGCCCUCUCUAAUGCGCACCAAGUUGUAUGCGCUCCUGAGGUCCAAUUUUGUGAAGAACCGUGCCCCGUGUAAUGACUCCGUCAUAGUCGCAAUCAGAGGGAGUGGAUAACUAUAUUUCACAGUAAUCUGAUUGAGACCGCGGUAAUCAAUACACGGGCGCAAACCUCCAUCUUUUUUCUUCACAAAAAAGAAGCUUGAGGACGCAGGGGAAGUGGAGGGCCGUAUGUAUCCCUGUCUCAGAGACUCGGCAAUGUAUGUCUCCAUCGCCCUCUUCUCCUCUUGUGACAAAGGAUACACAUGGCUCCGCGGGAGCGCAGCUCCUGCCUGGAGGUCUAUCGCACAAUCCCCCUGUCUAUGAGGUGGCAAUCGCGCCGCCCUCACCUUGCUAAACACGAGUGCUAAAUCCUCAUACUCGGGGGGGGGAACGUGCAUUGCGGGCAUUUGGUUUGGACUCUCCACCGAGGUCGCCCCUACGGAAACACCCAGACAUAGCCCCACACACUGGGCAGACCACCCCUUAAGAGCCUUCUCUCGCCACAAAAUGGUAGGAUCAUGAGUAAUCAACCAGGGAAGCCCUAGCACCACCGGAUACGCAGGAGAGUCGAUCAGGUAUAGCUGAAUCGUCUCCUCAUGACCCCCCUGCGUCUCCAUCCUAAGUGGCACUGUGACCUCCCUAAUCAACCCGGAUCCUAACGGACGGCUAUCUAGGGCAUGUACAGGGAAGGGAUUAUUAACCGGAAGGAGAGGGAUCCCUAACUCUAUACAAAAUUUACGAUCUACAAAAUUCCCAGCUGUGCCUGAAUCUACUGGAAUCUACUAUGCUGGGAACGAGGUGCAACCUGUGGAAAACAAACAUGUAUGGUUAUGUGCACGACAGAAAGCUCUGGGUAAGUGGGGCGCCUACUCACCUGGGAGUACUCCCCAAUGUGUGGCCUGCCGUCUCGUCCUCCAGGAGACCCUCCCCAGCACCUAGCCGCGGUGUGCCCUCCACGGCCACAGUUGGUGCAGGGGACGGCCCCCCUCGGGCUCCUUCUCCUCCGUUCUCUAGCGCCAGCACCCCCGAGCUCCAUAGGACUCGGCUCGGAGGUGCUGGAGGGUGGAAUGGGCGACCCCCACCCAGGAUGUCCGCGGGUGGCGAGCAGGGUGUCUAGCCGAAUGGCCAUGUCAACCAAUUGGUCAAACGUAAGAGUGGUGUCCCUGCACGCCAACUCUCUACGGACGUCCUCCCGUAGGCUGCAGCGGAAGUGAUCUAUGAUGGCCCGUUCAUUCCUCCCUGCAUCUGCCGCUAGAGUCCGGAACUCCAGUGCAAACUCUUGAGCGCUCCUCAUCCCCUGCCGGAGGUAGAAUAGACGCUCCCCCGCCGCCUUCCCCUCAGGUGGAUGGUCGAACACUGCCCGGAAGCGGCGGGAGAACUCUGCAUAGGUGAUCGUUGCGGCGUCUAUCCUCCUCCAUUUGGCGUUGGCCCACUCCAACGCCUUGCCGGUGAGACAGGAGAUGAGGGCGGAAACGCUCUCGUGUCCCGAGGGCGCCGGGUGUACGGUGGCGAGGUAGAGUUCGACUUGCAACAGGAAACCCUGACACCCGGCAGCGGUGCCGUCGUACGCCCUCGGGAGCGAGAGCCGAAUCCCACUGGGUUCCGGAAGUUGGACAGGUGGACUGACCGAUGGUGAUGGUGUGGUAGGUGGGGGCGUGGGUACUCCGCUGGUCUCCCAUCGAUGGAGGGUGUUCAUCACCCUAUCCAGAGCGUGCCCGAUCUGGGUUGAUCCUGUCCUCCUGUCCACGAAGGCGCUCCUCAAUAUCUCGGUAGGUGCGGCUGCUCCUGCGUGAUUCCAUGGUGAAUGGUGUGUAAUUCUGUUCACGGUUUGAGUGUAGAUGUGGUGAGGAAUCAAGCGCAGGACACACAGAGGCUUCGUACUGACCGUCUUUGUGAAGACCAAAAAGAACAGCAAAGCCACAAGUGGAACUGACAUGUGAUGUACCAGACUGAACCGGCUAUAGGAGCAGUAUAACUACGCAGGUUACAAUCCAAACCAAACCAAUGAAGUUAAUCGAGCCUGAUCCGAACGACGACGCCGACUGCCCACAGAUGAGUGAUCCGUCCUCUGUCCGAACGGCUCCUCAAUAUCUCGUUUGUGCGCUGCUCCUUGCUGUAUUCCAUGGUGACAAGUUGUAAUUCAGUACGUAUAAGUGAAGAUGUGUGGAAUUCAACCAGAAUGACACCCAGCGGCUUUACUACGUCUUUAGUGAAGAAAAGGACUAGCCAAAAGGCUAGGUAUCUGCAGUGCUUCCCCAUAUCUUUCUCUAUCUCUGUCUUUCUUUGUCUCACUCCCUCUUUCUUUUUUCCGCUCUGUCCAUCUCUUUCUAUCACUCCCCCUUUCAGGCCCAGAAAAAUAGAGCCCCACAUCAGCCCCGAACUCCACAUAUUUUAGCUCUAUAGGAGGCUGGAAAAAUAGUUAACUCUUGACUUUCAGCCAGUAGAUUGUCCCUCGCUGAGGCUGGAACUGAUAAGACCAAUGAGAAUAGAGAUUGCAUAUGUGUGUGAAGUGAUCACUAUUUAUUUCUAUAUGCUUAUGUGCAUACAUGUAUUAUUACACACACCUGUGAGAGAGAGAAGGUAAGAUAGGGAGAGUGUAUUGUGCAUGUUAGUGUGUAUGGAAAUGUUGGACUCACUAACUAAGUCGCUCUGGAUAAGAGCGUCUGCUAAAUGACUAAAAUGUAAAUGUAAAUGUAUGGAGAGAUGGAUGAAGUCUCCUAUAGUGUUGCCCUGCCCCCUGGUGUUAUGCUUUUCACAUGGCUUCAUGUACUUUAACAUGUGGAUAGUACACUAAAUCAAAUCAAAUUGGUUGUGCACUCAUAUUUUGCAGAUGUUAUGUUAUCACGGGUGUUGUGAAAUGUUUAUGUUCCUACAACAGUGCAGUAAUACCUAACAAUACAAAACAAUACAAAACAAUACACGCAAAUCCCAAAAAUAUAAAGAAAGGAAUGAAGAAAUAUACAGAUAUUCGAAUGAGCAAUGUCAGUCCUGAAUAUGAAUAUAAAUAUAUAUAUGGUGUGUAUAGACAUUAUGGUUGACUCCCGGGUGGUAGCCGGCUAGUAACAGUGACUAAAGUUCAGGGCAGGGUUCACUGCUAUGAUAGCGGGGCAAAACAACCAAUGUGUGUGUAUGUGUGUCUUCCAGGAGUGUGGCCUGAGGGUUCCGAUGGUACAGACAUCAACGCCCUGAUCAGGUCCCACAACAGGAAGGUGAUCGCUCUGGCUGAUGACUUCUGCAAAGUGCACCUCUUCCAGUACCCCUGUGCCAGACCCAAGGUAAGUCAGCCCUGGCCCCUAAGCACCAGCAGAAUCCCCUUACUGAACACUGCUCAAUGAUACCAUUCUGGUAUUGAGCGUAUAUAUCUGUGGAGGCUGCUGAGGGGAGUACUGUUCAUAAUAAUGGCUGGAACAGAGGGAAUGAAAUGGCAUCAAACACAUGGAAACCAUGAUUUUUAUGUAUUUUAUACCAUUACCACAAGCCCGUUCUCCACAAUUAAGGUGCCACCAACCUCCUGUGAUAUAUAUAUAUAUAUACUGUAUAUAGUAUAACAUACUGUAACAUUAGCUUCAAAUCCUAAUAUGUGUUCAUGUGUCUCCUUCCUCCACAGGCACCUAGUCACAAAUACAGCGCCCACAGCAGUCACGUGACCAAUGUGACCUUCAUGCACAACGACAGUCACCUGGUGUCCACGGGCGGGAAGGAUACCAGUGUCAUGCAGUGGCGUCUGGUGGAGAAGACCCCCUCAUUGGUCCCCAGCGACUCCUCCCUCUCUCUAGGGGAGGGGCUCCUACAUAAUUCCACCCCCCGUGCCGCCAUCCCAGCGGUGCCCCUGACACCCACCCCCACCGAGCAGGCCGCAACGCCAACCGCAACCCCAACCCCGCCCACUGUCCUCGACCUGACCUCUGACCCCCCAGCGGCGCACUGCGAGGGAGUGGCCAUUGUCACACCUCCCCCCACACCCACCUCCCCCACGACCAACGGACGGCAGGAGAGCUCUCCCGAAACCCCUCCCCCUGCCGAGCUAACCCCGCCCCCCUCUGACAGCACGCUGAGCCUCAAGGACAGCCUGGACCCCAGCGACGACACGGCCACACCUAGCGACGAGGGCCGCCCUUUCACCCCACCCUCGUAA